UCCAUGUCGUACGCACUGUUCUCCUGCCGUACGAGCCCGGUAACAGGGAUAUAUAAUGCUCGAGAGAUUGAUGCUCGCAUUCCCCGUGAGGUUCUUGAUCUACUUUGUGUAGAGAAAAUGGCUGCCGAGGCUGCUAUUGCUGCUACUGCCGGAGAGGUUAUCACUUGCAAUGCUGCUGUUGCUUAUGAGGCUGGAGCUCCGAUGAUAGUGGACAAGAUUUGCGUCGCUCCUCCAAAACCGAGCGAAGUUCGUCUCAAGAUCACCCACACUUCGCUGUGCCGGACAGACCUUACUUUCUGGAGAGCCAUUGGCCAGAAGAAGGUCUUUCCACGCAUUUUUGGCCACGAGGCAGCAGGGAUUGUUGAAAGCGUUGGGAAGGAAGUGACGGGUGUGAAACCAGGAGAUCAUGUUGUCCCGCUGUUCACAGGGGAAUGCCAAGAAUGCCGGUAUUGUCGGUCAGGGAAAACAAAUCUGUGCCAGAAGUUUAAGGUCGACACGGACAGAGGAGUGCUGGCGAGCGACGGCACUUCUCGAUUCUCUACCAAGGAUGGCAAGCCAAUCUACCACUUCCUGGGAACUUCUACGUUUAGUGAGUAUACGGUGGUGGAUCAAGCAUGCGUCGCCAAGAUCGACAAGGCUGCUCCUCUUGACAAAGUUUGUUUGCUCAGCUGUGGCAUCACAACAGGACUUGGAGCUUCUAUAAACACUGCAAAGGUUGAGAAGGGAUCGACAGUGGCAAUCUUUGGUCUUGGCACUAUCGGAUUUGCUGCUGCUCAAGGUGCUAAGAUUGCCGGUGCUUCCCGGAUCAUAGGAAUCGACGUGCUUCCGGAAAAACUCGCGCUAGGAAAGAAAUUCGGGCUUACAGACACCGUGAACCCGAAGGAGCAUGACAAGCCUAUCCAAGAGGUGAUCAAGGAAAUGACUGAUGGUGGAGUCGAUUACGCGAUUGAGUGUGUCGGAAACGUCAAGCUCAUCGAAGCUGCUGUGGAAUCUGUCCAUGAGGGCUGGGGGAAGGCAGUGGUGGCUGGCCUGGACGACAACACAAAAUUUGUCUCAGUCCAUCCAGGCAAUUUUCUAUAUGGUCGUUUGCUCACUGGAACAUUCUUUGGCGAUUACAAAGGGCGGAGCCAAAUGAACGAUCUCGUGGAAAUGUAUAUGAAAAAGGAGCUCAAUCUUGACGACUUCAUCACCCACAACCUUCCUUUCCACAAAGUCAAUGAGGCAUUUCAGCUGCUGAUCGAAGGAAAAUGCCUGCGAUGCGUUCUUCACAUGGAACACGAUCACUAAUGUGUAAAUUAAAUGGUUGUAUAUAUGAUGAGUACAUGUGAGGUUUACUUUUUAGUAUUGUCGUCUUUGCACUGCUGGUCUAGUGGUAGAAUAGUUCCCUGCCACGGAACAGACCCGGGUUCGAUUCCCGGGCAGUGCAAUCGAUAUUGUUUUUUCCUUACACUUUAGUAUCCAAGAUAAAUAUUGCAAAUAAAUGAAUAUAUUAUUCUAAAAUUCAUCUAAA